UUUAGUUCGUUUUGGAUUUUCAUUUGAGUAUUGUAAAAUUUUGUCAGUUUCCAGGACCAUGAAAAUUCUUUGAAUGUUGAACAAUACACAAGAUUCCAUAUACGCAAUAAACAAGCAAAUAUUAUACAAUUUUAUACCACAGUUAUAUAAACCUCUACAAUUAACUUUUAAUGUACAAACUGCUCAAAAUGAUGCCCGAUGAUGAUGGUGUCUUCUUUAACCCGUUUAUGAUUGGUCCCGCUGAAUGUUCGCAACGCAAUGAAUACAAGCAGCCCGCUUAUGUUACUUAUCCGCCGCCUUAUGCCACAUUGCCCAAAGCGCACACCAACAAGUCCGUCUCGAAGGGUUCAUUCUUUGUCAAACAGGAAAAGGAGGGAAAUAUCAAUACAUCCAAAUCACAGCUGGGUGAAAUAUGUUUCUCUAAAGCUAUCAAAAAAGAUAUGGUCGCUGCCAAGCAAUUGGCCAACGGAUUGAACGAUGAUCAUGAACGCAUUUAUGCUGGUCGAGCAUCGAAAACGAGUAAAACGCAAUUUGAAGCCGAUUCGGUGAGAACGUUAAUGCCCGUUAGAUCAAAGCGAUCAGCGUCUGAAGUCAGUACAACGGCCUCUGAAAUAAGUGCAGUUAAAUCGACCACUGAUGGAAAGACUUCUAAGUUAAGCUUGCGUUCGCAAGCCAAUAAAAACACAGAUUCAAAUGUGACAUUGAAGGCAGCACAAAAGAAGUCGCUACACAAAGAUGUGGACACUGAUUUAUACGAAAAUGUUUCACAUGUUACUGUGCGUUCAAGUAAACGGGAAGCUGACAAUACAUCGCAUCAUUCGAUGCGUUCAUCACGGCGAGGAGAUCAUAGUGUUGAUAACAUAUCACGUGUGUCUGCUAAAUCUAAAGCCUCUGUUGUUUCUAGGCCCAAAGUACAUGCAGACACAAAACUAUCUCGUGUUUCGCUAAAAUCCAAAACAACUGAACGUCAGACAGAAAAUGUUUCUCGCAUUUCCUUCGCGGGGGAUGAAAAUAGAACAGACAACAUAACUUUCAUGUCGAAAUCGCAUAGUGUUAGCAAAUCAAGACCAUCGAUCCAAGAGGUUGCCGAAUCCAUUCAAAAGGAACUGGCCAAAUCAAUGGAGACUACGAGAUCGUUGUCCAUCAAGGCAGCUGAGUUAAAUGAACGUCUCAAGGCUGGCAAUGAGUUCAAGCACAAUCGAUUCAAUACUCUCGCUCGGCAAUGUGUUCAAAGCGAACCUUUGAAACGCUGCCGGGAGGAUCGCAUGGCACUCUGGUACAAGGAUUCGGUUCUUUCUUAAACUAUAUUCCCGACUAAUUCAGUUAUUUCUUUGCUCAUUUAAUUAUUUACGCCAAGCACUGGAUUCACAAUAAUUAAAUGCAACGGCGCUUGAUUCCCCCAUAUUCCCUAAAAUAAAAUAAAAACAAGAAA